AUAGGUUACCUACAGCCAAAAAAAUCAGAGGCUUCUCAAUAUAGAAAACCCCGAAACAGAAACAGAAAAUAACUUCACCGCUGCUGCAACAUAAAUCCCACGCAUUCUCAAUCCAAACAGUAAAAGAAAAAAUUAACACGAGUCGUGGAUCGUUCUAGGCUCAGCGGAUCCACGACAAAAACGUCUACACGAUUUUCUAGCAAACUCGAUCCUCGGACCUCCAAGAUCGAACGAAAUUCAGCAAUUCUGUAUUAAAAAUCAAUCGUAACAAUGGCGGAAUUCGCAGAUAUGGAGGGCGCGGACGGAGUGCGUAUGACGUGGAAUGUGUGGCCGAGCUCGAAGGUGGAGGCGAGUAAAUGUGUGGUGCCGCUGGCCACAGUCUACACUCCGAUUCGCCCAGCGCCUGAAUUGCCCGUUUUGCCCUACUCUCCUCUGCGCUGCAAAUCCUGCCUCUGCAUUUUAAACCCUUACAGCCGCGUCGACUACACCGCCAAGAUCUGGAUUUGCCCCUUCUGCUUCCAGCGCAACCAUUUCCCUCAACAUUACUCCAUGAUCAACGAGAGCAACGUGCCGGCAGAAUUGUUUCCUCAAUAUACCACAAUCGAGUAUGCGGUUUCCGGCGAGAAGAGCCUGCCACCCGUGUUCCUAUUCGUUCUGGAUACGUGUGUUAUUGAAGAGGAAUUAGGGUAUGUGAAGUCGGCGCUCAGUCAGGCGAUCAGCUUGCUGCCGGAGCUUGCGCUUGUAGGUCUGAUAACAUUUGGAACGCAGGUGCACGUUCACGAGCUCGGAUUUUCCGAUCUGUUUAAGACAUAUGUUUUUAGAGGAUCGAAGGAGGUUUCCAAGGAGCAGAUAUUGGACCAGCUUGGCCUCGGCGGGGCCCGUCCUGGAUUUCCUAAGGGAGCUCCGAUCGGGAUAAUGCAGGGAGGGGUUGCCAAUGGUACGACCUCUGCUGGGAUUAAUCGGUUUUUGCUUGCUGCAUCUGAUUGCGAAUACACGCUCAAUUCUCUUCUUGAUGAAUUACAAAGAGAUCAAUGGCCUGUAGAGGCAAAUAAUAGGGCAAUGCGUUGCACCGGUAUGGCACUAAGUGUUGCAGCAGGGUUACUAGGUGCAUGCGUGCCAGGAACUGGAGCUCGAAUUAUAGCUCUUGUUGGUGGUCCAUGCACAGAAGGGCCAGGCACGAUUGUCUCUAAAGAUCUUUCUGAGCCUGUUCGAUCACACAAGGACCUGGACAAGGAUGCAGCUCCACACUAUCACAAGGCUAUAAAAUUUUAUGAAAGCCUUGCCAAACAACUGGUUAACCAAGGCCAUGUUUUGGACCUUUUUGCAUCCGCUCUUGACCAGGUUGGGGUUGCAGAAAUGAAAGUAGCAGUAGAAAGAACAGGUGGCCUUGUAGUAUUAGCAGAAAGUUUUGGACAUUCCGUGUUCAAGGAUUCCUUUAAACGUGUUUUUGAUACUGGGAAUCAGUCUCUUGGUCUUUCCUUCAAUGGCACCUUUGAAGUUAACUGUUCUAAGGAUGUAAAGAUUCAAGGUAUCAUAGGACCAUGCGCAUCUUUGGAAAAGAAAGGGCCAUCUUGUGCAGACACUGUAAUUGGCCAGGGAAAUACAACAUCCUGGAAGAUGUGCGGACUUGACAAAAAGACUUCUUUGACAGUAUUUUUUGACAUUGCACCCAGUGAACGCUCCAACGCAGCCUUGCAAGCUGGAAAUCAACAAUUUUACAUCCAGUUUCAGACACACUACCAGCACACAGAUGGCCAAAGCAGGCUUCGGAUUACAACAAUUACAAGGAGAUGGGUGGAUGGCAGUGCAAGUACAGAGGAACUUGUGGCAGGAUUCGACCAGGAAACUGCUGCUGUGGUAAUGGCUAGGCUGGCUUCUCACAAAAUGGAGACAGAGGAGGAAUUUGAUGCAGUAAGAUGGUUGGAUAGGUCACUAAUUCGUCUGUGUUCUAGAUUUGGUGAUUACCGAAAGGAUGAUCUCUCUUCUUUCAGCUUGAACUCAAAUUUUGCUAUAUUUCCACAGUUCAUGUUCAAUCUCAGGCGCUCUCAAUUUCUACAGGUUUUUAAUAACAGUCCAGAUGAGACAGCUUAUUUCCGCAUGCUACUAAACAGAGAGAAUGUUACAAAUUCUUGUGUUAUGAUUCAGCCGUCUCUCAUUUCAUAUUCGUUUAAUGCUCCUCCCGAACCAGCAUUGUUAGAUGUGGCUUCAAUAUCAGCAGAUCGUAUUCUUUUGUUGGAUGCCUAUUUCAGUAUUGUUGUUUUCCAUGGUAUGACCAUUGCACAAUGGCGCAACAUGGGCUAUCAGAAUCAACCAGAGCAUGAGGCUUUUGCUCAGUUAUUGCAAGCACCCCGGGAUGAAGCGCAGGCUAUUUCUAAUGAACGAUUUCCUGCACCUAGAUUGGUUGUCUGUGAUCAACAUGGAUCGCAGGCACGCUUUUUACUUGCCAAGUUAAAUCCUUCAGCAACAUAUAACUCAGCUAAUGAGGCUCCUCCUGGAGGUGACAUAAUAUUUACAGAUGAUGUAAGCUUGCAAGUGUUUGUUGAACAUCUUCAACGUUUAGCCGUGCAAUCUUGAUACUUGUAGACCAAAUCAUAUGUGAGAAUAUAUGGAGCUGUCAGUGAGCUACAAUCUUCAAUCCAAGUUGGUUACAAGCUUCUGGGUUCGAACUGAAACUGAUUUGUUUCAUUUUCCUAAUUACGAGAAAUGUCUAUCAUUCUUUUGGUUGGAAGUACUUUCUGCCUUGCAAACAAUAAAAUAUUUGCAAGGUGGAUUUGUUUUUAAAUUUAUUGCACGAGUAAGUUUCAUAAAUUGUUUGUGGAUACAACAAAAUUGAGAAAAGUCCGUUCAGUUCAUUGUAUGGAGCAAAAGCAUUUCACAACACGGAUAGAAGGCAUUUUAGUGGAUGACAUGUUUCAUUGAUGAGCAUAUUUAUCUGUUAUCAGAAACCAGGGAUAUUGGUUUCCGUUUUGUAUUAUGAAACUCUACUCUCUAUUUUGGGGAUGCGAUUUUACUUUCUGCCUUAAUGUUAAUUUGUUCACAGGAAAAACAAGUUACUAGUA